AUGAAGCGUCCUCAUUCUCCAGUUUCACAUGCCACUCCACCCUCAAAACAUGUUCGAACAUCCUAUGGUUGCACAGCUCAUGACUUUCAGGUGGAUUCCACUCACAUGAACCAAGUCUUUGACCAACAGCAGUGGAAAUCUGAUCCGAUCCUUAUCCCCACACAGCCAAUUAAUACAUCCUGCCUUGACCUAAGAAUGCCACAACCUCUCCGACACCGAGUCCGCAUUGACGACAUUGACGAGUAUUUAGCCCAACAUGAAUCCUCGGACAGCGAUGAAGAAGACAAUCGAACAACGUACGUAGGAGAUAAUAUGCGAGGUUCGGUUAUCCAGGGAAGCGAUGAUAUACAUCUUGUCGAUGCUCACGUCAAUGGCGCAUUUCUUCCUAUGCAAAGACGGUCCGGAGAAACAAAAUUACGCAUACCAGACUUUGUUCUACGAAACAAUUCCCCAGAACCACCUACAAAACCCAAUGGGCGUGACCUCAUAUUGUACCAACAACCUCCUUGGAAAGCAUUGGUAGAAUCCAGCUCCUCUAACCCUACCACAACAAAUUCCCAAAAUGAGUAUUGUAUGGAAGUUGACGAUCGACAAAACCAAACAUCGUAUUCGAUCGAUGCCAUGGAAAUCGAUUAG